UAUACCAACAUUUAAGAGAAUCAGACAAACGCACAGACAGACCCUUAACCGCAUUGCCAAUCCUUUAAAUUAAGACCCCGGCACACCUGUGGCGCCCUCCCUGCCUUCACCGCUUUUUUCAAGCCCGAGGUCGUGUCACAGGCGAUGGCCAAUCAAAACGUUCUUGUCUGAGAAGUGGCUUCAGUCUGCGUUUGAAAUCUCACACCAAUCACGGAACUACCGGCGCACAGGAUGUUGCUGUUACAAAAUGACAGGAGGAAGGGUGGUGGAGCAUCUCUGGUACACAUGUCGCCACUUGACUAAACAAGUCUCUUCUCGUAGUUUGGAGACCCCUCAUCUGCAUCUUUAUCAUUAGGAUUUUUUUCGAAGAAAAUUUCAGCGUUCUGUGAAUGUUAUGGAGGAUUCUGAUGGCCAGGAGACGAAGGACAAACGUCAGCGGAGACCACCCAGGAGGUUCUGCAAGAAGCACAUGUUCUCGGAUGAAAAAAUUCAAGAGAUUCGCGACACAUUCAACAUGUUCGACAAGAAUGGCGAUGGCAUGAUCACGUCGGAAGAACUGAGCCAGGUCAUGAUGUCUCUGGGCCACAGGCCCACUUUGGGCGAACUCAAGGCUUUCAUCAGAGCCGUGGAUACUGAUCGAAGUGGCACGAUAGACUUUGACGAGUUUGUGGACAUCUUUGCACGCAAGGUGACAAUGGACCCUGAGGCAGAACUGAAGGAGGUCUUUCGUGUGUUUGACAGCGACCAUGAUGGGUUCAUCUCUCCUGCAGAACUCUACGGUGUACUUUCCAGGCUAGGAGAGAAAAUCACCAGACAAGAGGCUGAGGAAAUGGUGAAGGAAGCUGACCUGAAUGGUGACGGCAAGGUAGAUUACUCAGAAUUCCGAGCAAUUCUUUCUUCGCGGUGAACACAAAAUAAAUUAUCAGUACAUCAGGAAGACAGAGAAAUUGUGAACACAUCAGUACCCUCACAAACUGUGUUGUGGAGAAAACUAUGGUGUCUGUAUUACACUGUGACUUUUGAACUGCACAUCAGAUUUUUACGCCCUUAUUUUAAUUUUAUAUAUUUACAUGUGUUUUAUGCACAACACACAUAUCUGUUGAAUAUCAACACAAAACAUUCAUUGUACUGCGUGCAACUAAAAUUUAAUGUUUCACAAUGUUUAAUGUUUCAUUGAUGUAGGGGACGCUACUGUGAAAUACUCACACACGAGUCGAACAAGAGUUGUAUCCCUUGCAAUGCGAUGUGCAGACGAUUCAUUGUUUCGGGGGAAAUCUUUCAUUAACUUCUGGUAUCUGCCUUUCUCGUUACCUGUGUCAGCAUGGGAAAGCAUUGUGUACAUGCAAAGUCUAGUCUGCUUUAUCCAUUGUUUCUGUCCCCUUCCCCCACCUGCACAAAAAUAUCACAUUCACCCUCGCCUAGCGCGAGUAAUCUACACUGAACUUCACUACCGGCCUCAUCAAUAAAUAAACAUCGCCAGGGAAUUCAGGCGAAUGAUGCAGGGUGUGUUGUCAGCAACCAUGUUGCACAAACACGAUGUUUACUUCGUGAAAUGUGGCUAGUAGGUUUAAAGCUUUUCUAAACAAUGGACAUUAAUGGACUGCGCUGGAGCUGCUGGCUCACAGGUUAUAAUCAUUGUGAGAGCAUCGCAGUUGCUCUCGGGGUGAGAGGUCAGAGGUGAGCCUACGUGCCUUCUACGAGGUGAAUCGACGGGAAGGCAGGAGAAAUAGUGAGAUUAUUCGCCAGACACCUAUAUAUCCCUUGGCAGUUAUUUUUCUUCUACACAAAUGCUACAUAUGAAGACAAGAAUUAAAUUAUGUGGAUCAAUCAUUAUCAUGUCUUAAAGAACUAAUUCUUGUGUCUUAUUGUUUUACUUGUUGCAAAUUUUUUUAUUUUUUUUGUAAACUCACAAACACUGAUGUUUUGUGUUAACACUUUUAUCAUUCUCACCAAUCCUGCAUUUGUACUCAGUGACUGCAAAAGGAAAAAUUUUAAUCCCUAAGAUUUUAUUUUUUAUUCUUCUUAUUAUUAGCAGUAAUAGUACUCGCCAGGAUUGAUGUUCAAGUCUGUAACUUAGCAGCUAAAAUCUUUGUGUACCAGUCGAUACGUUUGUAGUCUGCCAACAUCACUAUUUUCUCAUUCUUCCUAAGCUUCGAGCUUUGAUCGAAAGGAUCACGCUAACCUUUCGAUCCACGGCAGUCAAAUUGUUUGCUCAAGCGAAAAUCCACAGUGUACAGUUGGUCUUACAUUGAUGUUGAAAGCACUAAUGGCGCUACCUGACCGUAACGAUUUGGUUUCACUCACGCUUCGCCUACUUCCCGGUAAUUGUCUGUUUGUCUGGUCCCUAAUCUGGUAUGUAUGCUUUCUCAAAAUAUGAACUUGAUGGAUUUUAUUUAUUUUUCUAAGGAAACAGCAGGCAAAAUAUUUUUUUAUGUGAAGAGAAAGCUUUUUCUCUGCUACCUAAAAGCCGUUCUCAACAGUUCAAAAUAAUAUGGACUAACUUUUGACCAAGCCUGAUAAAAGUUUUGUAUAAUUAUCAUGCUUUUAUAUAAUUAUCAUGUUUUAAAAAAUUUUGCUAAACUUGGUCAACGGUUAGUUUGUAUUUGACCUGUUUAGAAUGGCCUUAAGGGCUGUGUGCUAAAGUUGACCUCAUCUGAACCUGCCUAAAAAAUACUUUGUGUGAUUUUUUGAAUAAAUUCCAUCUAUGAAAAAA